UAUGCGUCAUUAAAAGCGGAAGGGUGGUCAACGUAACGGACAUCUUGUCAGCUGUGAAAUUACUUUUUUAGUUUUGUGUGAAUUCGCGCUGCGCUGGGAGUCUGCUGGGUCUCGGGGCUGGCUGUGGUGCAGUGCGGGGUCUCGCUGUAUGGGCGCCGCUCAGCGUGUGGGUCAGUGUGUCGGUUAGCGUGCUCUCCGUCCCUCGGUUCUGUCAGUGUCGGAGCCGCUGCGGGUCCGGCCGCUUUGGAGUGGAGCUCCGGUUACUCACACCGACACACGCAGUGCUCAGAUGGCGCUUAAACGAAUCCAGAAGGAAUUGACUGAUUUGGCCCGUGAUCCUCCAGCGCAAUGUUCAGCAGGUCCAGUGGGGGAUGAUGUGUUUCAUUGGCAGGCUACAAUCAUGGGUCCUAAUGAGAGCCCCUAUCAGGGUGGUGUUUUCUUCCUGACUAUACACUUCCCAACAGACUAUCCUUUUAAACCCCCAAAGGUUGCGUUCACCACGAGAAUCUACCACCCAAAUAUUAACAGUAAUGGCAGCAUCUGUCUGGAUAUCCUCAGGUCCCAGUGGUCGCCUGCACUUACAAUUUCUAAAGUUCUCCUGUCCAUCUGCUCACUCUUAUGUGACCCAAACCCAGAUGAUCCUCUUGUGCCAGAAAUUGCACGAAUCUACAAAACAGACACAGAGAAAUACAACAGAAUAGCGCGGGAAUGGACGCAGAAAUAUGCCAUGUGAUGUUGGCAGGACACAUUUAUAAACUGUUGUUUAUGCUCUCGUGUUUGGACACUGUCUUAAGGCCAUUUAUCCCGUCUGUCUCCCAUGGAGGGACAGUCCCCGUUGUCUGCUCAAACAAGAAUACAGCAAAACCUGCAGGAAUCGCCACAAUUUUCAGCUCUGAUCCGGACCCCCAUCCAGUGGAACUUUUUUUUGUUAGGUUUUUCUCUGCUUCCUGCUUUUCUGCCUUGUGGUCCAUGUGUCCAGUCAUUUUCUCUGACCUCUCACCUUGUGCCACCGCAGUGCUGGCCUACUCAGGGAGAGGGAGUUUGACUGUAGGCUGUGCUGCUUCUUCAGGGCUGUACUCUUGCAAUGCAUGUCAUCACAGGGUGAAGGGUCAUUUUUGCACAGCAGUGGCAUGAUGAGUCCGAUUCCUCUGUUUAAACUGUGUAAAAUCCCAGAACUUUCAAAUCCUCUCUUGGCCCAACUUUUCACAGCCAUUGCAAUGAAGUACACCUCACUCGAUUGGCUUAAAUGUCCUGCUACUUUUAUUUUUCCCCUCAAUAAAGUUGUGUAACUCAUUGUGA